CUCAGUCUCCCAAAUUGUUGGGAUUACAGGCAUGAGUUACCGCACCUGGCCUCCACUGUGGUUUUGAGGAGGCAGAGGAAUGAUGAUGGUGAAAGUGGCUGCACUAUGCUCACAGCUAGCACAGGCUCAGAAAAGGCAUGUUCCGUUCCUUCUCCCGAGUUCUCAAGCUCUCUCCCUGUCUCGCCCACCCUCUCCCCACCUCUCCAGGGCUCAGCCUGUUGCUGCUUCCCUUGCUCCUGGUUCAAGCUGGUGUCUGGGGAUUCCCAAGGCCCCCAGGGAGGCCCCAGCUGAGCGUGCAGAAGCUGCAGAGGGAGUUCACGGUCAGCCUGCAUCUCGCCAGGAAGCUGCUCUCCGAGGUUCGGGGCCAGGCCCACCGCUUUGCGGAAUCUCACCUGCCAGGAGUGAACCUGGACCUCCUGCCCCUGGGAGAGCAGUUCCCUGAUGUUUCCCUGACCUUCCAGACCUGGCGCCGCCUCUCUGACCUGGAGCGUCUCUGCUUCCUCUCCACCACGCUUCAACCCUUCCGUGCCCUGCUGGGAGGGCUGGGGACCCAGGGCCGCUGGACCAACACGGAGAGGAUGCAGCUGUGGGCCAUGAGGCUGGACCUCCGCGAUCUGCAGCGGCACCUGCGCUUCCAGGUGCUGGCUGCAGGAUUCCACCUCCCAGAGGAGGAGGAGGAGGAAGAGGAGGAGGAGGAGAGGAAGGGGCUGCUCCCAGGGGCACUGGGCAAUGCCUCACAGGGGCCGGCCCAGGUGUCCUGGCCCCAACUCCUCUCCACCUACCGCCUGCUGCACUCCUUGGAGCUCGUCUUAUCUCGGGCGGUGCGGGACUUGCUGCUGCUGUCCAAGGCCGGGCACUCAGUCUGGCCCUUGGGGUUCCCAACAUUGGGCCCCCAGCCCUGAUUGGGUGGCUUCUUAGCCCCCUGCCCUUCACCCUUUAGUACUUUAGGGACUGGAGUCUUGGCAUCAGGGCAGCCUCCGCAUCAUCAGCGUUGGACAAGGGAGGGCUCUUCCAGCCCCCUGCCCCAGGCCCUACCCAGUAACUGAAAGCCCCUCUGGUCCUUGCCAGCUAUUUAUUUCUUGGAUAUUUAUUUAUUGUUAGAGAGAUGAUGGUUUAUUUAUUGUCUCGGAGCCUGCUGGUCCUCCUUGGGCCGAGCCCCCAUGCUGGGUGCCCAAUAAAGCACUCUCAUUCAC